AUGAGUACAUUUGAAGAUGCUCUAUGGGACAAAGAAGAGUUACAGAAAAGAUCGAGCCCAGUACCUCCGUACCCUGGGUUUGAUUUAGAUGGAACCUAUAGUCCUGAUUGUCCAGUUCCGAGGGUUAAAUGGGGCGCUGAAGACUAUCUGAACAGAAAUAGAGGCUCGAUUGAUAACUGGGCGUUUUAUGGCGAGAGCAUUGCGUCACCAAGGCCUGAACCACGUUGUCCGACCAGAGAGUCCGUUGAUAACUGGACGCAUGGACGUCAUGGAACAAUAAAGCCGAUAAUAGAUGGUUUUGCGUCUCCUAGACCGGAAACUGCCCCACCAAGAAUUAAAACGGAAGCGGAAGGCAUUGCACGUGUCAGUAGAGGUUUUAGAAUGUGUAACCUAAUUACAAAGUACGGGGAGUUCGGUGCUACUCCCCGAGUUGCCAGGGUGAAACCGGAAGCUGAAGAUACAGCAACUACCCAUAAAGAUGGCCGGAUGAAAAAACUUGUUCACAGUUACGGGAAGUUACCCCUCUCUGCACGUGGAGUACCAGUCAAAGUUGAAGGAGAAGACAACGCCGACUUAGACAAAGGCAAGCGUAUGAAUAAACUUAUUCAUAGUUACGCUAAACAACCUCAGUCUGCACGUGCUGUCCCGAGGGUAAAAACCGAGGGGGAGGACAACGCUGAUUUAGAUAAAGGUAAACGCAUGAAUAAUUUGAUUCACAAAUACGGGCGAAUGCCCCUGUCCGCAAGGUCUGUCCCGAGGGUUAAAACUGAGGGAGAGGACAACGCUGAUUUAGAUAAAGGUAAACGCAUGAAUAAUUUGAUUCACAAAUACGGGCGAAUGCCCCUGUCCGCAAGGUCUGUCCCGAGGGUUAAAACUGAGGGAGAGGACAACGCAGACCUUGAUAAAGGGAAGCGAAUGGACAGACUGGUGCAUAGUUGUGAAACCUUACCGAAAUCCCCUCGAUCCCCUCCGAGGGUAAAACAUGUAGACGGCAUUUACAACUUUUAA